AGCGUUUUGAAAACGUUGGCGGUUUGUUCAGGGAAGAAGACGGACGAGUGCUGUCGCUAAACCGAACAAAUAAAUUAAGGUUUUAGAGCUGUUUUCGGAAAUAUGCAGAACAAGGAGAACCGUGAACCCAGAGUCCUCCUCACACAGACAGUCGGAUCUUACAGAGAAGAGAUGAAUCCUGGAGCGCUUAUGGGUCCUGGCCGAGUCCCAGUGAAACCCAGUUCACAAAAGAAAUUCACAAUUAAGGACUUUGAUAUCGGUCGUCCGCUGGGAAAAGGCAAGUUUGGGAAUGUGUAUUUGGCAAGAGAGAAGAAGCUCAAGGUCAUUGUGGCGCUGAAGGUGCUCUUUAAAUCCCAGAUGGAAAAGGAAGGCGUGGAACAUCAGCUCAGACGAGAGAUUGAAAUCCAGUCUCACCUCAGGCAUCCGAACAUCCUACGCUUCUAUAACUACUUCCACGAUUCUUCACGUGUGUUCCUUGUUCUGGAGUAUGCACCCCGUGGAGAGAUGUACAAAGAACUGCAGCGCUGUGGCCGCUUCAGUGAUCAGCGCACAGCUACGUUUAUGGAGGAGGUUGCAGAUGCUCUUCAGUACUGCCAUGAAAAGAAGGUGAUCCAUCGAGAUAUUAAACCAGAGAAUCUGCUUCUGGGCUUCAGAGGAGAGCUCAAGAUUGCGGACUUCGGUUGGUCUGUCCAUGCGCCAUCGCUACGACGACGCACCAUGUGCGGCACUCUGGAUUAUCUUCCCCCUGAGAUGAUCGAAGGGCAUUCCCACAACGAGAAGGUGGAUCUGUGGUGCAUCGGCGUGCUGUGUUAUGAGUGUUUGGUGGGAAAUCCUCCAUUUGAGACAUCUAGCCAUUCAGAAACCUACAAACGCAUCACAAAGGUUGAUCUCCAGUUUCCCAAAUUGGUUUCAGAAGGAGCCCGUGAUUUGAUCUCUAAGCUGCUGAGACACAGUCCCUCCAUGCGUCUGCCUCUGAAGAGUGUCAUGGAGCACCCAUGGGUAAAGGCCAAUUCACGCAGAGUUCUGCCCCCUGUCUGCCAACCCAAACCUGCUCCUACACACUAGCCUUAAUUCUGGCAAUGAUUUUAAUCUCUUAAAUAAAAUUUUCAAAAAAUAUUUAAUGAAUGUGUUUAAGAGGUUUUGUAGGAAUCCUUUUGGUGGGAAAGGUGGGCAUUAAAUGUCCUCCCUUACAUGUAUGGCUUGUGCUUGAUCUGUGUAUGUAUAAAAAAAACUUGGCCCUCCUUGUAUCUGCACAGAUUGACCACUUUAUUAAAUACACUUACCACAAAUGUAUAUACAUGUGCACACACUGUGUACAGUCCCUAUAACUGGUUGGUGUUGCCUGCUACAUCGUCAAUGACAGAGACCAAAAUAAACCAGUUCCUGUUAUUUUGAGGGUGAAACCACAACAGGACUACAGUAGAGGGUAGACAAAGCUGGAUAUUUCGUUGAUUGCUUGGCUCCCCCCUUCCACCUCAACUGUAACAUAUUUGUAUCUUAUGCCAUGUUUGUUCUUUAUACACUGUAGUUUGUAUUUUCUAUGUGUUUAGAGCUUUUAUUUACUUUACUGGCACUCAGGUUAGAUGACUGAACAGUGAAGAACACACUGUAGUGGUGUGUAUGGUGCAUGGGUCUUGCUUCAUGGAACUUGUUUAAAAAUGACUUUUAAAUAAAAACCCAGUGUUUUCCUAAACACAAA